AUGCCUGCUGAUAUACUUCAGCUCCAGCAGACAAUGAGAGAUUUCCACGCAAUUGCUGGCUUUCCUAGAGUCAUUGGAGCCAUAGAUUGUUCUCAUAUACCAAUCAAGGCACCUACUGAAGAUGAAGAAAUCUAUGUGAACAGGAAGAAAUUCCAUUCAAUCAAUAUUCAAGUGGUCUGUGAUGCUCAGAGAGUAAUUAUCAACCAUGAUGUCAAGUACCCUGGCAGCACGCAUGAUGCUUACAUCUGGAACCGCAGAGACUGUGGUUAUCCCCUUGAACCAUCAUUGAUGACACCAUUUGCAAACCCUGCAUUGCCAGCUGAGGAAGAGUUUAAUAGGUGUCACACCAGAGCCAGAACAAUCGUUGAACAAACAUUUGUAGUCUUGAAGUCCAGAUUUAGGUGCUUGCACAAAUCAGCAAGUAAUUUAGAUCAGCCCGAUGAUAUCCUUAAGAUGCCUGUACAGGGAUAG